AUGAGGAUCUCAGCCGCAACGCUCACCGUGGCCUUCGCCACGCUCUUCUCCACCGUCUCCUCGGCGCCCACAGCCUUCACCGACGUCUCCCCCAAUGACCUACAGCCGUUCGACAUCGAAAAGCGGCAAAUCAGCGUGUCGGUGGAGGCCAAGGUGACGGUCAGCGCGAUGCUGGUCUCCAGCUACGACCAGAUGCGCGUGCACACGGGCAACAUCAACAACACGCUCGGCACCAUCAACGGCGACUCGUCGUGGGUGGUCAAGAACAACGCCAUCAUGUCGAUCCGGUCCGAGCUCAACGCCAUCGGCACCAUCUUCGCCACCACCACCACCCAGGUCGGCACCCUCGGCGGCAACCUCGGCAGCGACCUGACGGGCAUCGCCAACACCGUCAUUGCCAUCGUCAACGAGCUGCUCUACACGCUGCAGUAUGUCGUGUACAAGCUGGGCUCAGGCGUCUUGGUGGUCCUCGGCAUCAUCAUCAACAACGUCUUGAGCAUCCUAGCUGGCCUGAUCCUGGCGGUCAACAUCCUAGUUCAAGGGUCGCUGCCUCUGGUGAACGCGUCGUUGAACGCCACCCUUCCGACGCUGGUUCCUGCCCUCUCGUCCAUCAUCCUGGGUCUCAAAUACCUGGUUGGCUACUGA